AUGAACAAUGUGAAAUAUGUACUGUUCUCUGAUGAGUCCACCUUCACUCUCUUUCCCACAUCUGAGAGAGAUACGGUGUGGAGAAGGCCCAAAAGAAGCAUACCACCCAGACUGUUGCAUGCCCAGAGUGAAGCAUGGGGGUGGAACAGUGAUGGUUUGGGCUUUUCCACCUCCGCAAAGGAGCCUUUUGAGCAGAGAAUGAGUGUAGCAGCCUACACCCUGCCCUCCAUCUCCUGCCCUGGAGACCCAGGGAUCAUUGCUCCACCUUCUGUAUCAAUGAGACGGCUUCCUUUCUCACAUCUCAUAGCACUGCUGGUGCACCACACGUACAACGAGUUCAUUUUCAGGAAGAAAGUUGUGGAUUUCUAUCAGCGUUCCUGUAUGGCUGGUCAGUGUGUUGCCGUUUCCUUUAAGCCGCUGUUACAGCCACAUGACCCGGAAAUAGAUGACACCUGUGUGGAACUGCCUUUGGACCACAGUACUGACACUACAGAUGACGUCUCUGUCACACCCCUCAGGCAGCAGAUCUUUCUGGGUCUGGUGUCCUCACAGUACCAAGCCCGUCCCGAUGUGGUCAGGCUUAUCUCAGGGCUGGACAGUGCUUGCAUUCGUUUUGUUUAUUUUUCCUGUGAAGAGGAAGUUCGGAGUAAGGUGUUUGCUGAGAAAAUGGGACUGGAGACGGGAUGGAACUGUCACAUCUCCCUCCAAUCAGAGAGCUUCCCUCUCGACCCAGAUAACGUGGAGGAGCCGGUGACCGAGGAAGAGGAAGAAAUUCUGCUGAGAGACAGCGUGAGGGAAAGGGCAGAGUCGAGAGCAAUGGAGCAUGAUGGAGCUUGUCUCAUCGAGGACCUAAACAGGGCCAAACUUCCAAAAGGAAUAGAGAAUGUCAGGCCACAUCUGGAGAACAUUGAUAAUGUGCCGUUGCUGGUCCCUUUAUUUACAGACUGCACAUCACAGACUGAAUGUGAGAUGGUGUGUAUCAUGCAGGAGUAUGGAGAGGUCGUGUGCUGCCUCGGGAGCAGUCAAAACAUCAACAACAAUGAAAUUUUCUUACAAAGUGAUAUCAGCAUUGCUUUAGAUCCUCUGGUUCCCACAUGUUGCUGGUCCAAUGCUGAUGCAUCUUUGAACACAUCAGACUCUUUGAGUGUAAUUCAGCUCUCUAGCGCCAUCUGUGGGUUGGCCUGCACAGUACAGUUUAACCAACAAGACAACAACACCCUCAUCAGACUCAUCAAACAGGCCCGUCACACCACAGCGGGCAUCAGAAAAUGUUUUCUGUUUUUGCUCCAGUGCCAGCUGUCCCUUGUCCUCAUUCAGAUUCUGGCAUGUGUGUGUCAACUUCCUCCUCCUCUGGGCACAAGCGAUGUCCUCUUUCUGUCCUGUUUCUAUUUUCCCAUACUGAGCGUGUCCCUCCUGGGAAAGCCAUCUGACAAUUCUAUCAUGAAAGUUCCUACUGGGAAAAAUCUCAGAUUCCUACCAAAAAAGACGUUGCGGCUGUUUGUUCUGUGUUUCUUGGUGAAGUUUGGUCUCACAGUCUGCACCUUCCUCACAUGCUUUGGCCUCAUACUGCACAGCUUCUGUCUUGAUAUUAACCAUGAAGAUGAAGAUCUGUGUCACCCAGCGUCACUUCUCAUGAAUUCAACAGCGUGGUCUCCUGACUGGUACGGCAGGCACUCAGAUGGACUAAGUCUGGCGCAGAAAGUCAUCGCCUUUCUUGUGCUGCUCAAUGCCAUGUGUACAUCUAUCAGUCAUGUGCAUCGCUCAGCUCCCAUGUGGAAACAGAGCCCGCUGAGCAACCAUUGCUGGUGUGCAGUCAUCUGCAUUGUGCCUGUUCUUAAUGCUUCUUUGGCAAUGGCAUCCCGCAUCUUGUGGCAUGACCCUGACUUUCACAACAUGUUUUGUAUCUCUGAUAUUCCCAUGGAAUCCUGGGUGUUAGGAAUCUUCUGGCUGAUCCCACUGGUCUUUAUCAACGAGGGCAUCAAACUGCAUGAGAUCAGGUAAUGCGACCAUAACAAUA